AUGCGAGUUGAGGUAAGUAAAAUUUCAGGUUUCAAAAUUAUCGAUUUUUUCCUCCAGGACGAUCUUCGCUUCUUAUAUUCUCCCGAAAAUUCAUUGUCCAGAGUCGAAUAUCAAGUUCAUAAGGAAUUCAGCGGGGAUUCUUUGAAUAAGUGAGUUUUUUGGAAAUAUUACAUAUUGCUCAGGUUAGUUUAACAUGAGCAAUCCUAUUUUCUAGCUUAAAAUGAGCAACAAUCUUCCAGCUCGUUCGUCUCAAUCACAGUUCAAUCAAAAUCCUCCGACAAAAACCUGCUAACACCUCAAAUGGCCAAAAAACUGACAGCUCUGAACAAACAUGUGCUCGAAAAAAUGGACGUCGAAAUUGGCGGGGACCGCGUGAAUUUUGGCUCGAAAAUCUGCUCGGCAAUGAAGAAUUGCGAGCUCUCCAACACGAUUUUGACAAUAUUUUUGGACACUUUUUGGAGCGAAAAGUUGAGGAAAGAUCCGCGGGUUUCUAUCGAAUAUCCCACCAUGAAGUUUUUCGACAAUAAAUUCUUCCUGCCCACACAUUUGUACGGCGUGAAAUUGGGUGGUCCGCUAGGAAUUGAGAAGGUCGAGCUGGUGCAUUUGAUCUAUCAGAUGCCUGAUUAUGGAAUCUAUACAUCAGAGCAGGUUUCGAAGAGUUUUGAGGUGGCUUUGCGCGGAGUUUUGGAGCAGGAUCAGGAUUUUGACACGUCGAUGUUUAGUUUAUCGAUUUUGAAGGAUGAGAUGCAGAAAAACGCGACCUAUACGAUGCCUUUCAUUUCGCUGACAGUCCUGUUGCUUUUGUGCUUCACAGUGGGGUCUUGGUGAGUUUUAGGGGCUCCAAAUUGCUCCGAGAGCAUCAAAAUGAGCCCAAACACUAUGCUGCUAGAGAGCAUAGGGUUUGAGAGAGCGCAGAGAAGCUAAAUGGUUAGAGACGCAGAGGGAGUUACACUCGCUCCGCUCGGGCCGCUUACGCGGAAGAUUCCGGGGCGCUUCGCGCGAGACAGCUAGAGAGCAUAGGGCCCCUAUGAUAGGGGUUGAGAGAGUGCAGAGAAGCUAGAUGGUUAGAGACACAGAGGAACUAGACGGAUAGAGAGUACAAGGUAAUCAGAGACACUAUGAAGAAAGUUAGAGACGCAGAGGGAUCUACAUGGCAGAGAGGUUAGACAGCUAGAGAACACGAGGAAGUUAGAGACACAGAGAGGCUAGACAGCUAGAGUGUGAGAGACGCAGAGGGAGUUACACUCGCUCCGCUCGUGCCGCUUGCGCGGAAGAUUCCGGGGCGCUCCGCGCAAGAUUGCUCAGGUUUAACAAAAUUCUGCCACGUGGAUUCGGAAGUACAGUAACCCGGAUUCAAAAAACGUGGAUUUUUUGACGCCAAUAUCUACAGUACUCUUUCGAAAUCGGAUUUUUUGCCAAGCAUAGAAAAUACAUAUUGAAAUUCUAGUUUCUCGAGAAAAAUAUGUGAAAAUUUUGAAACGUAAAAAAUUCGGGGGGUGCCGAAAAAGAGGCGGAGCAAUCUUGCGCGAAGCGCUCCGGAAUCUUCCGCGUGAGCGGCUCGAGCGCGGAAGCGCGAGUGUAUGUCCUUUUAAAUCCACAUGUCAAGAGUACUGUAGGUAGAUCAAACCCUAUAGUGUUUAGGCUCAUUUUGAAGCUCUGAAAAAACCAAUUUUCAGCAUGACCGAUAACUGGGUGACAUCAAAACCAAUCGAAGCAAUGAUCGGAAUUCUCGUCUCCUCAAUGGCUAUUGUUUCGGCAGCCGGCCUACUUUUUGCUCUCGGAGUUCCUUUCAUCAAUCAAGUCACCGUAAUGCCAUUUAUUGCCCUAGCUAUUGGUGUUGAUGAUGUUUAUGUAGGUUUUUUUCAGAGAAAACUGCUGGAAAUCAGAUUUUCAGCACGAAAAAUUGCAGGUAAUGCUUGGCGCGUGGCAAGACACAAAGAAGACCUACUCACCGGAAAAACGGAUGGCUCUAGCGCUCGCGGAAGCGGGUUCCGCAAUCACUGUCACCAGCUUAACUUCAGUGUUGAGUUUCGGAAUCGGAACCUUCUCCUCAACUCCAGCCAUCACCAUUUUCUGCAAGUUCAUUUGUGUUGCAAUCGGUUUCGAUUGGUUCUAUCAACUCACAUUUUUUGCGGCUGUUAUGGCGAUGGGAGCAAAAAGAGAAGCCGCCGGAUAUCAUUGUGUUUUUGUUUGGAGAAGAUGUGAGAAGAGUGAGAUUGAGAAGGGCAAAAGUGAAAAGGCCAUUUCACCUACACGAUAUUUUUUUGAGAAUAUUUUUGCGCCUUUUAUAUGCAAACCGGUGGUGAGGAUUGGAAUGGUGAGUUGCGGAAGGCGGAAGCGGAAGGGGGCCGCAAGAUUCCUCAGGCGAACCCAGAUUCCAGAGGGACAUACACUCGCUUCGCUCGAGCCGCUCGCGCGGAAGAUUCCGGGCGCUUCGCGCAAGAUUGCGAGAAAUCAUAGGGGAAUGAGAGUGUAGAGAAGCUAGAGGGUUAGAGACACAGAGAUAUUAGACAGUUAGAGAUGCUAGAGGGUUAGAGACGCAGAGGGACUUACCCUCGCUUUGCUCGAGCCGCUUGCGCGGAAGAUUCCGGGGCGCUUCGCGCAAGAUAGCUAGAGAGCAUAGAGAAGGAAGAGAUCACAGAGAAACUAGAUAGCUAGACGGUCAGACACUUCUAAAUAGCUAGAGACGCAGAGGGACCUACACUCGCUCCGCUCGUGCCGCUUACGCGGAAGAUUCCGGGGCGCUUCGCGCAAGACAGCUAGAGCAUAGGGGAUUCAGAAAAGCUAGAGGGCUAGAGAUCACUAGAGACGCACAGGGAAUUCGGAUUGCUAGAGAGCAUAGAGAAGCUAGACGGCUAGAGUCGCUAUACAACAUAGAGAAGGAAGAGAGGGCAGAGAAUAUAGGCGACCGGAGAAGACGUGGAAGCUUGAUGGAUAGACAGCUAGAGACGCACAGGGAAUUAGAAGUGCUAGAGAGCGUAGAGAAGGUAAGACAGCUAGAAACAGUUAGAGACACCUACAUAUACGGCUAGAGACAAUGAAAAAAUUAGAGAUACAGAGAUACUAGAUAGCUAGAGACAAUUAGACGGCUAGAGACAGCUAGAGACGUAGAGGGAAAUACACUCGCUCCGCUCCGCUUCGAGAUUCCGGGGCGCUUCGCGCAAGAUUGCUCAUAUUACAAGCCUAGCCAUGCUUGGUGUCAAAAAAUACCGAUUUUUUCACAGCUCGCCCUCUACAUUAUCUACAUAGCUGUGUCAUUCUACGGAUGUGCUCAACUCGAGCCAAAUUUGACGCCAUCAACACUAGUCGUCGAUGAUUCACCCCUAAUUCCAUAUUUACAUUUGGCCGAGAAGAAAAUCUGGGCCGAAGGUCUAAUUGGACGGAUUUAUGUGAAUCGAGCACCGGAUUUCAGGUAAAAUUCGAGAUUUUCAGCCAAAAAUACCCUAGAAACAGUGUUUGUCAAGGAAAACUCGAAAAAAUGGUUUUCCAGGGCAAAAUUCAUAAUUUUUCAUGUAAAAUUACCUAUUUUCAUUUGAAACUCAUUAAUUUCAGCUAAAAAGUCGAGAUUUUCAGCCGAAAAUACUCCAAGAACACUAUUUUCAUGGAAAACUCGACUUUUCGCUGAAAAUUCGGUUUUUACUGUUUUCCAACUGAAAAUUUAUGAUUUUCCAUGUAAAACUAACAAUUUUUAGUAGAAAAUCACUUAUUUCAGCUGAAAAUUCGUGAUUUUCAGCCAAAAACACCCCAAAAACCCAAUUUUCCCCCAAAAAACAAAAAUUGCAUCAUUGUGUGCAUUUGUGCGUCGCGGUGUUUCGAAUGCACACAAUGCAAACUACAGUACCCCCAAAUAUUGAAAAAUAAUUUUUUUUGAAGGGAAUGCAGGGUUUUUGGUUGAAAAUUCAAGGAUUUUCAGCAAAAAAUAUAUUGUUUAGUAGCAAAUUUCCAGCCGCCAACCGGAACUCGUCGAAAAAAUGCUGAAAAUGGUCGAGGAAUUGGAAUCAACCCCGUUUUCCAUGGGUCCGAAUUCGACGAAUUUUUGGCUGAGGGAUUUCAAUAAUUAUAGGCAGUUUUUUGCGCAAGAUGAUGCAAAAUUCUAUGAGACACUGAAGAGCUUUUUGCAGGUAAAAAAACAAAAAAGUUCGCCGCGGGCAAAACUCGAACCCUUCACCUUGCGCGUGCUGCCAGCGCCUUAGACCACUCGCACGUUUGCGCAUUUGGUGUGCGCUGGGUGAAUUGUCAAUAAAUGAUCGCCAUCUUUUUUGCAGGUCUCAUUCAACAAUCACUGGGAAACCGAUCUCGUCUGGGGACCAUCGGAAACCGCCUCAAAAACCCCCCGAGUCCAAAAAUUCGUGCUAACCACCGCCUUCAAAAUCCCAAAUUGGAAUGUUCGAACCUCGCUGCUGCUGAAUUGGCGAAAUAUCACCGGAAGAUAUCCCGAAUUCGAGGCGUUGGUUUUCGACGAAAACAACUUCUAUAGUGAUCAAAUGUUGGAGCUGCAGAGCACCAUUUUAUCGUCGCUGGGAACCGCGAUAUUGACGCUGAUUACUGGUGAGUUUAAUGAGAUUGCUCAGGUUAAGAAGAGCUUCAAAAUGAGCCCAAACACUAUGGGGUUUGAUCUACCUACAGUACUCCUAUUGCCACGUGGAUUUAAAGGGACAUACACGGAAGGUUCCGGGGCGCUUCGCGCAAGAUUGCUCAGGUUAAGAGCUUCAAAAUGAGCCCAAACACUAUAGGGUUUGAUCUACCUACAGUACUCCUAUUGCCACGUGGAAAAUCCGAAUUUUUUAAAUCCAAAUAGGCCUGGAUUACUGUAUGUUCCUUUAAAAUUAAAAAAAAAUUUAAAAAAGUUAAAAUUAAAAAAAAAUUUGAAUAAAAAAAAUAAAAAAAAUAAAUUUAAAAAAAAAUAAAUUUAAAAAAAAAUUUAAAUUUAAAAAAAUUGAAAAUUAAAUAAAAAAAAUUUAAAGGGACAUACAGUACUCCAGGCUUAUUUGGAUUCAAAAAAUGCGGAUUUUCCACGUGGCAAGAGGAGUACUGUAGGUAGAUCAAACCCUAGUGUUUGGGCUCAUUUUGAAGCUCUUAACCUGAGCAAUCUUGCGCGAAGCGCUCCGGAAUCUUCCGCGGAAGCGGCACGAGCGCGGAAGCGCGAGUGUAUGUCCCUUUAAAUCCACGAGGCAAGAGGAGUACUGUAGAAAAUCCACGAUUUUUUGAAUCCAAAUAAGCCUAGGAGUACUGUAGGUAGAUCAAACCCCAUAGUGUUUAGACUCAUUUUGAAGCUCUCGAAAAAUGCCACGUGGCAAACUACCGUACCACUUACAGUAUGCAUUCUGUUCAUCGCCGAAUCCUCAAUCGUCUUCUGGGUUGUGUGUACUUUGAUCUCAAUGGACAUCGGAACCGCCGGUUUUCUGUCACUUUGGGGCGCCGAUUUGGACCCGACUACCGUAGUCAACAUUCUGAUGUCAAUCGGACAAUGCAUCGAUUUCGCCACACACGUCGGAUAUCGCAUUUAUAGAUCGGAGAAGGCGGAUCCGGAUGAGAGGUUUGGCUGAAAAUUUGGCUGAAAAUGGCGGAUUUUGAGCUGAAAAUCAUGAAAAUUGAUGAAUUUUAAGCCAAAAUUCGAGAUUUUUGGCUGAAAAUUCCGGAUUUUCACCCCGAAAUUUGCAAUUUUCAGAAUCAAAGAUGCGAUGGGGGCCAUCGGAUGGCCUGUGGUUCAGGCCGGAUGUUCUACACUUUUAGGUGAGUUAGGCCUGGGCUUAGGCCCGGUUUUGACAGGCCUAACCAUAUUUAGGUUCAAAAUGCUCCAAAUUUCAUGAUUUUUUCACCUACAGUACCCCCCGGAUUACUGUACCUACAGUACCCCCACAAAUUUUCCAGCAAUAAUCGUGAUGAUGUUGGUCCCCUCGUCAGCAGUCCGACAAUUCGCUCGAACCAGUAUUCUAGUGGUCGCCACCGGCUUCUUUCACGGUCUCCUAAUUUUGCCGAUCAUCAUUCGAAGUUUCGCCACCAAUGCCAAAGCACACGUUCCAACUCAUCCACAUUGA